AUGGCGCCUGAGCUCAACAGCAGCCAUAACAGUAACGUGCUGAGCUCACCAGCAGCCAAUAACAGUAACGUGCUGAGCUCACCAGCAGCCAAUAACAGUAACAAUGUGAGCUCAGCAGCAGCCAAUAACAGUAACAAUGUGAGCUCACCAGCAGCCAAUAACAGAAACAAUGUGAGCUCACCAGCAGCCAAUAACAGUAACGUGCUGAGCUCACCAGCAGCCAUAACAGCAACGCAUAACAGUAACAAUGUGAGCUCACCAGCAGGCCAUAACAGUAACGUGCUGAGCUCACCAGCAGGCCAUAACAGUAACAAUGUGAGCUCACCAGCAGCCAAUAACAGAAACAAUGUGAGUUCACCAGCAGCCAUAACAGUAACAAUGUGA